CAGACUCAAACGCAGGGAGGAUUAAAUAUGAGAGAGAAAGGGAGAGAGUGAAAGACGACAAGAGAGACAGCGCGAGAGAGAGAGUGAAAGACGGCAAGAGAGAGAGAGCUAGAGAGAGAGUCAGAUGCGUAGUGUAGCGGUGGGAUAGGACCAGAAGAAGCUCCACACGCGACACAACGCAGAGCAGCCACACAGAGACGAAGUCACAACCCUCCAUCACACUCUUCUCACUGGAUACUACAGCAACCUGUCCUAUCAUAGAUGUCUCACUGGAUACUACAGCAACCUGUCCUAUCAUAGAUGUCUCACUGGAUACUACAGCAUAUCAUCAUCUUAAACUGUAGCAUACUACAGACAACCUGAGCAAAAAAUACUCAACUAGUUUUACAACUUUUCUUUUUGGACACCGGUGUCUCAGAUGAAACCCUGACGAUGGACUCGAUCAUUAAUUAAGUUUAUUCCCACAGAGUGUGCGGCUUAUAUUUUCUAAAGACUCCUCCCUGUGUGAUCGGAGGAGAAGACGGGAGGACGGACGAUUCUGGAGGUUUUGGUUGGAGGUUACCUGCCUACUAUCAAGGAGAAUGAGUCUUUUUUCUAUAACGGAUACUGGGAUCCCGAGGAGGAUGUUUCUAUAAGUAAUAUUGGGCUUCGUUUCGAUAAAUCAUCCGUCAGCUCAAGGAGAGAGAAGAUUGUUUUGUAUUGACCAAGAGAGAGAGAGAGGGGUGAGUGAAACUUGAACUGCCUGUAUGUGCAGCUGGCUAUAUAAAUGUGUUAAGUGGGCUGGACAGAAUGCUGAUUUAUUUUUUCCAAAACCGUCCCCUCGUUCUCUCUGUGCCCGUGCUAUCAGUCGCAGACAGCUGGGUUAGUGACUCGUCUGACUGGAUAAAAGGACAUUAGAUUAUAACGUAAAGAAAAAGGAGAAGAGACUGCAGUGGACUACGGCUUCCCCAGACAUGGUGUUGACAUCAAAACAGGUGUUACAUUUUUCAGAAAAAAGAAAAAAAAAGCUAAGAUGAACUGUAUCGGACAAUAAGUUGACUCUUUAAAGCUGAUUUCUUCAGCUCACAAGAGAACUACAACUGUCCAUUUCUGUGGACCGUAAAGAUAAUAAAUGGACAAUAAAGUAUUCUUCUUCUAAAUGGAGAAAGAACUACAACGGAAUUGAUUGUCUAUAAAGCUUUCCGAGGACCAUUAAGAGAGAGGACUCCAGUAGGACUCAGCCUUUCCACGUGUUUUUAUUAUAGCUCUGAAGAGAGAGGAAGUCGUCAGACCAGCGUACAGUUUAAACAGGGUGUCUGAUGAGUACUGCCACAGCAACAGUUCAUGAGACACUGACGUGAUAUUUAUGGACUUUGAGUAGGUGAGAAGUAUAAACUUAAUCCACUUUCAGCUAUCACUGAGCUGUGAUGCAGAAGUACAUUAACCCUAAUCGACUUUCAGCUAUCACUGAACUGUGAUGCAGAAGUACAUUAACCCUAAUCGACUUUCAGCUAUCACUGAACUGUGAUGCAGAUGUACAGUACAUCCCCAGAGCCAAAUAAUGAUCAUGGGCUUUCGUCAGGGAUCAAACCCAACCAGGGCAGCGACUGAGUGACCUUUGGGGCUAUUGAACUAGUUAUUUUCUCCUCUCUGUUUUUCCGGCCAAGUGGAAAGGCCGUUCUGGCAGUUGUCAAUCUACGGCUGUAGCUGCUAUAUACCCCAACCAAUCCAAGCUCCUGUUGAGACAGAAACAGUACAACAACUCCCAACUCCACUCCCAUUUGGAAACAGAGAGGAAGACAGAGAGAGACAGAGAGAGAGAGAGAAAGCACUAACCAAACUCCUAUUGAGACAUAGAGAGACAUUACUCUCACCAAAACAGAGACCGUGCACCAAAUCAAGCCCCACGGACGGACGUAUAGAUUCUACGCCUGGUGACACUCUGGCCACUCUCUCGUCCCAUCGGCGCCAUGUUCUGGUCUCAGGGUGUAGCUGCCCCUCUGGUGCUGGUGUUGAACCCUCUCCUCCUAGUGUUGCUGCUGCAACAGCAGGUAACUGAGGCUGAGGUCUGGGCUGAGGCCGAGAUAGGGGCUGAUGCUGGGAUCGGAGCAGAGGCCGGGGUUGGGGUUGGGGUCUGGGUUGAUGCUGGAGUUGGGGCUGAGGCCAAGGUCGGGGAUGAGGCUGGGGUCAGGGGUAAGGCUGAGGUCGGGGCUGAGGCAGUGACUGAGGAUGGGGUCAGGGCUAAGGCUAAGGUCAGGGCUAAGGCUGGGGUUGGGGCUGAGGCUGUGACUGAGGCUGGUGUCAGGGCUAAGGCUAAGGUCAGGGCUAAGACUGGGGUUGGGGCUGAGGCUGUGACUGAGGCUGGGGUUGGGACUGAGGUCGGGGCUGAUUCUGGGGUCGGUGCUUGGGUCAGGGCUAAUGCUGAGGUCAGGGCUGGGGUUGGGGCUGAGACUGUGACUGAGGUCGGGGUUGAGGCCGGACCUGGGGCUGAGGCCGGACCUGGGGCUGAGGCCGGAACUGGGGCUGAGGCCGGACUUGGGGCUGAGACCAGUAUCGGAGCUUGUUUGGCUGGGGUCGGGACUAGUGAGGCCGAGGAUGGGGCUGAGGUCGGGGCUAGUGAGGCUGAGGCUGAGGUCAGCAGCUGUCCCAAGGGAUGCCUGUGUUGCUCCGACAUCCUCAGCUGCGCCGACCAGGGUCUGAAGGCGCUGCCCUCUGAGCUGCAUGCGUACAUCACCACCCUAGACCUCAACCACAACCACCUGACUGAGUUGAAGGAGGGAAGCUUUGCUGCGCUGCCCCGUCUGGAGUCCCUCCGCCUGGCUCACAACCGGCUGAAAUGCCUCGAGGCCGGAACCUUCCGGAACAGCAGAUCGCUACGGCAACUGGACCUGUCGUCCAAUCAGCUAGACAAAGUGGAGGUGCACUACUUUCUGGAGCUGACAGGAUUGGAGGAGCUGCUGCUCUUCAACAACCGCAUCGUUCGGGUGGAGAGCAAGGCCCUUGCGGCGCUCGGCAACCUGCGCAAGGCCUACGUCAGCCACAACCACCUCACGGACUUCCCAUUCUUCUCCAUCCAGGAGGACAGCCACCCCUUCCUGGCCACCAUGGACCUGUCCUCCAACAGCAUGUCCAAACUCCCCCUGGUGGACAUCGAGACCCUGCCGGCGGCCUUGCAGAGCGGACUCUUCCUCCACAACAACACCCUGAUCUGCGAGUGCGAAAUGUACAAUAUGUUCCGGCGCUGGGAACAGAAGGGAUUCACCUCAGUCAGGGAUUUUCGUGAGGAAUACACCUGCCUGGUGUACGGGGAACGCAAGGCCUCCGUUAAGUUUUUCCAGCACAGACGCUUCUUUGAACUGAACUUAAACUGCAGUUCGGCGGUGGCUGGAGCUGUCAGGGAGCCUGAGGGCAGCCUGCUGGUGUACGAAGGAGAUGGCGUGGUUCUGGACUGUCACACCACGCUCAGAGGACAGCACCUGACCUACCUGUGGGUGUCACCUCACCAUGGAGCCGGUGCUCCGCCGGAGAACAACGGCACUCUCCGCAUGCACGCCAACGGCAGCCUAGAGAUCGUAUCAGCGCAGGCUGAGGACUCCGGCGUGUACUGGUGCAAGGUCUUCGACACAGUCAAGAAGAACGAGUCAUGGGAGGUCAACGUGACGGUGUUGAUGCGGCACGACGAGGCUGAGCCCUUCAACACGGGGUUUACGACCCUCAUAGGGUGCGUGACGACCCUCGUCCUGGUCCUCAUGUACCUCUACCUGACCCCCUGCCGCUGCUGGUGCUGCAAGCACCCCCUGCCGCCGGGUACCCCCAGCCCCGCCAACGACCAGUCCUCGAUCCUGACCUCCCCCCCACCCAGCACCACAGAGGGCCCAGGCCGCAAGAUGUGUGAAUCUACCUUUACUAUCACCGAUCAAACUCCUCGUCUGGGAGCAUGGAACAAUCUUCCAUCACCACGGUAACAUCAGACGGCAGGGCAACCGACAGAGGCCGACUCCGGAUGAUGUCACAAAAACCACAACAACAACAACAACAAGAGAGAAGACUAAAGUCUUUAAAGUAGGACUGAAUAGUCUUCUAUAACCAGCGUCAACAAAGACCAGUGUCUCCUGUAUAGGCACAGAGCGGUUUCUCCGUACACCACAAACAAGAGCCAACUAACUACCUAUGCACAUCUCACUCAAUCACUGUGAAUUGUAAUGCUUUUAACGGAGCCACUAGGCCAAAUAUAUCAGUAUUGUUAGGCUAUAGCACGGUGACAAAGAGGACACUAUUAGCAAUCAUUUGAAACAUUAUUAUGUAGAUAGUGAAAGUAGUCUAGAAUAACACAAUAUAGAAUGACUGACCUAUAGUAGUGCAGAAUUAUUUGUAGAUUAUUUACUGAAAAUUGUUUGUAGAUUAUUUAGUGUAGAUUGUUUGUAGAUUAUUUAGUGCAGAUUAUUUGUAGAUUAUUUAGUGCAGAUUGUUUGUGGAUUAUUUAGUGUAGAUUAAUUGUAGAUUAUUUAGUGUAGAUUAUUUGUAGAUUAUUUAGUGUAGAUUAAUUGUAGAUUAUUUAGUGCAGAUUGUUUGUAGAUUAUUUAGUGUAGAUUAAUUGUAGAUUAUUUAGUGUAGAUUAUUAGUAGAUUAUUUAGUGUAGAUUAAUUGUAGAUUAUUUAGUGUAGAUUAUUUGUAGAUUAUUUAGUGCAGAUUGUUUGUAGAUUAUUUAGUGUAGAUUAAUUGUAGAUUAUUUAGUGUAGAUUUUGCAGAUUUUUCGUGUAGAUUAUUUGCAGAUAAUUAAGUGCAGAUAAUUUAAUGUAUAUUAUUUAGUGCAAAUUAUUUGUAGAUUAUUUAGUGUAGAUUAAUUGUAGAUUAUUUAGUGUAGAUUAAUUGUAGAUUAUUUAGUGUAGAUUAAUUGUAGAUUAUUUAGUGUAGAUUAAUUGUAGAUUAUUUAGUGUAGAUUUUGCAGAUUUUUUGUGUAGAUUAUUUGCAGAUAAUUAAGUGCAGAUAAUUUAGUGUAUAUUAUUUAGUGCAAAUUAUUUGUAGAUUAUUUAGUGUAGAUUAUUUGCAGAUAAUUUAAUGUAGGUUAUUUGCAGAUUUGUUAGUGUAGAAUCUUUGUAGAUUCAGUAGAUACUUGGGACAAGAUGGGGUUGGGUGAGCAGGGGAUGGGCAAUAAAUAAAUGUGAUGAAAUGGAGAAA